CCCCAACUUGGUGCAGCUUCUCAUUAUAUCAAGUUAUUAUCAUUUCCCAAAAGAAAAAGAAAAAGAGAGAGAGAGAGAUAGAGAGAGAGAGAGAGAGAGAGAGAGAGAUAAUGGAGAUCAAUGAACAUGGCUUCUUAGAGGAAUUGCUUUCUCUAAGAAGAGACUGUUGGGAAACUACCCCAAGUUUCCCAACAGAAAUGAGUGAGCUUUUCUCCAGUGGAUGGAACUUUGAUUAUUAUUUUGAUGACAAUAAUCUAAACACUUCCACUACUGCAGUCACACUCCCUCAAAAUUCUUUCAAUGAAGAAUUUUCUUCUCCUACUGAGCAAGAUUUCAAUAAUUACUACUUCAAUGAAGUUUCUUGUCCAUUUAUUGAUGAAUUCUCAACUACACAGCAAUUUACAGAUGAGUUCUCUGCUCCACAGUUCACUGAUUCUUCAUAUAACACUUUAGACACACCGCCUUUCCAUGUUCAAGAAGACACUACUCCAAUGUCCAUGAUGGAGGAUGAUCAAGACCUAGGGUUGCUUCAAAAUAAUAUGACAAGCUUGGAUAUUCAGAAGACUACUUGCAAAGUUGAGCCAAUGCAAUCUCCUGAAGCAGUACCAGUUUUCAAUAUUGGCGCUUGCCCAGAAAGAAAAUUGAGAGGUAAGAAAUUAGAAGGGCAGCCAUCAAAGAAUUUAAUGGCUGAAAGACGAAGAAGAAAGAGGUUAAAUGACCGCCUUUCCAUGUUAAGAUCAAUUGUUCCUAAGAUAAGCAAGAUGGACAGAACUUCAAUUCUUGGAGAUACUAUAGAUUAUGUGAAGGAGCUACUGGAAAGAAUCAAUAAUUUGCAACAAGAAACUGAAGUGGGUUCAAAUCAAUUGAAUAUGAUGGGCAUUUUCAAAGACACAAAAGCAAGUGAAUUUAUAGUGAGAAAUUCACCAAAGUUUGAUGUAGCAAGAGGAAAUGAGGAUACUAGAAUUGAGAUUUGCUGCGCAUCGAAACCAGGAUUAUUGCUAUCAACAGUAAAUACUUUAGAAGCAUUAGGACUUGAGAUUCAACAAUGUGUAAUUAGUUGCUUCAAUGAUUUUGCAAUGCAGGCUUCUUGCUCAGAGGAAUUGGAGCAGAGAAGACAUAUAAGUUCUGAAGACAUAAAGCAAGCAUUAUUUAGAAGUGCAGGAUAUGGAGGAAGAUGCCUGUAGAAAUAAAAGGCAGGAACUUGUGAAAAAGUUUAAAUAGAUAGAUUUCCAAAUCUCUGUUAAUUUAAUGAGGUUUUCAAGUGAGGUUGUAGUGACAUCAAAAUUUUUCAAAUAAGUUAAUUCUAUUCAUCAAACCCUUGUGUAUUAAUUAUCUUCUUCAAUUGGAGAAAAUGUUAGUUCAAUUGCUUUAAUGUGAUGGGAAUAUUUUUGGGAAUAAUCUGAGACACAGUUCAUCA